GCGCCUUUGUUGCUAUGCUACUUCCAGUAAUAUACGAGAUAGAGCGAGGUUAUCUAGACGACUGGAGGGUAAGAAGUGAUCCUCUUCUGCUCUAUGUAGGCAAGAUAUCGCGAAAACCUACAGGAGUUCGUCUCCAUAAGAAUCCUCUCCUCAGCCUCCGAUCUCCCCGUCAAUCACCGGCAAGCCACCCGUGCCUCAUGCUCCUGCACAACGGGAUUACCCUGUAAAACAGCCUUGUAGUGGAUAAUCGUUAUUCCGCUUACAUCUCAGCCUUGCGCCUUGACAUUUAACUAUCAACAUCGAAGAAGUCAUCAAAUACAGCAACCCUCUCAUCAUCGCUCCACGUUCACGAACGACUCCUAUACAAAUCAUGGCGCCUCUGAAUCAGGGGAAGCGCUGUAAAGGCAUCCAAAUCUUCCGUCCCUUCGUCUAUGGCACAACUGCCAAACUCUUCGACCCAACCACAAAUCCAAAACCUGAGGGAACGCCCGACGACCAUACGCAUUCAUGGACGGUGUUUGUCAAGGGGGUAGAUGAUACGGAUAUCACAUACUGGUGUAGAAAGGUGCAAUUCAAACUCCACGAGUCGAUUCCGAAUCCCCUGCGGAGUACGCAAUAUCCCCAACUGAUCCCAAAUCAAGUCUACAGAAUGAAACUCAACUAACACUCGGACAGUGAUCGAAAAUACCACCCCCGGAACGCCCUUCCAAGUCCACGAAACAGGCUGGGGCGAAUUCGAAAUUACAAUCAAACUCUACUACGUCCCGGAAUCCUACGAGAAACCACAGACCUUCUACCACCACCUACGUCUGCAUCCCUACGGAGUCACCGAAGCCGAGAAAGAAGCGAUGCGCAUCUCGCCUCAGAUCAUAAGCUGGGUGUACGAAGAGCAGCUCUUCAAUGAGCCCUUUGAGUCGUUCUAUGAAUUGUUGACGUCGCCCGUGGAUCGGAGUAAAGGGACGACGGGCGGCAAGGGGAAGGGCACGAGACUUAUGAAGGGGGGUAUGGUGAGCAGUACGGGUGAGAGGACGGCGUUGGUUCCGCUGGCUAGUAGGCCGGGUCAGCCGUUUAGUCGUGAGACGGAGAAGGCGGAGAUUAAGAGGUUGAGGGAGGCGCAGGGGAAGGUGGAGGAGAUGGUUAAGCUUGCGCAGAAGGACUUGCAGGAUAAGGAGAAGGAGUUGGCUGCUUUGAAGGCGAGUUGAUGGGAUGUCUUUUUCUUUUUGGGGUCUAGGCUGCGGUUCUUGAAAUCGGGUGUUUGGGAGUUAUAGGUAUACCAAAAGGACAAGAUGUUAUCGGUCGAGGGGGAACGUGGUGGGUGGCCAUAGUGGGUUUGUAUAGUACACUUCCUACCUCUUCCCAAGAGCUAAACAAUGAAAUUUCAAAGCAGCUCGCGAGG